UGGAGGGGGGAGCGGGGAAAGGGCGGUGAGGCCAGCUGCAUCGUUGCCAUGGUAGUGGCCUGCCGGGAGCUCGCUGGGCGGGCGAGAUUAGUAACGUCGGUGUCCCGUUGACCCGCUGGGUUUGCACCGAGCCUGGCUGGAGGCACUACAAAACGAGCUGGGACGUUGGCGGUUGACUGGACGAGGUCGACUUCGGGGCGAAGGGCACGACACUUGUCCGGGACCCUAAGACGUCUGGUUUGAGAAGCGGGUGGGACUGAGGUUUUCUUGGGUCCGGGAUCUGACCUGUAGGCGACCGCAGGAUUUUAGGAACCCGCAUAUUUGACGGGCACGUGACAGGAAGUUAGAAUCCAGGUUUGAAAAUGGAGAUGUACGAAACUCUCGGAAAAGUGGGAGAGGGAAGUUAUGGAACAGUCAUGAAAUGUAAACAUAAGGAUACUGGGCAGAUAGUGGCCAUUAAGAUAUUUUAUGAGAAACCAGAAAAAUCUGUCAACAAAAUUGCAACGAGAGAAAUAAAGUUUUUAAAGCAAUUUCAUCAUGAAAACCUGGUCAAUCUGAUUGAAGUUUUUAGACAGAAAAAGAAAAUUCAUUUGGUGUUUGAAUUUAUUGAUCAUACAGUAUUAGAUGAGUUACAACAUUAUUGUCACGGACUAGAGAAUAAACGACUUAGAAAAUACCUGUUCCAGAUCCUUCGAGCAAUUGAAUAUCUUCACAAUAAUAAUAUUAUUCAUCGAGAUAUAAAACCUGAGAAUAUUUUAGUAUCCCAGUCAGGAAUUACUAAGCUCUGUGAUUUUGGUUUUGCGCGAACUCUAGCAGCUCCUGGGGACAUUUAUACGGACUAUGUGGCCACACGCUGGUACAGAGCUCCAGAAUUAGUAUUGAAAGAUACCUUUUAUGGAAAACCUGUAGAUAUCUGGGCUUUGGGUUGCAUGAUCAUUGAGAUGGCCACUGGAAAUCCCUAUCUUCCUAGCAGUUCUGAUUUGGAUUUACUUCAUAAAAUUGUUUCAAAAGUAGGCAAUUUGACACCUCAUUUACAGAAUAUUUUUUGCAAGAGUCCAAUUUUUGCUGGGGUGGUCCUUCCUCAAGUUCAACACCCCAAAGAUGCAAGAAAAAAAUACCCAAGGCUAAAUGGAUUGUUGGCAGAUAUGGUUCAUGCUUGUUUACAAAUUGAUCCUGCUGAGAGGACUUCAUCUACUGAUCUUUUGCAUCAUGAAUAUUUUACUAGAGAUGGAUUUAUAGAAAAAUUCAUACCAGAACUGAGAGCUAAAUUACUACAAGAAGCAAAAGUCAAUUCAUUCAUAAAGCCAAAAGAGAAUUCUAAAGAAAAUGAAUUUAAGAAAAAUGAAAGAAAAACAACUACCAAUACACUGCUAAGUAGUUCAGUUUUGGGAAAGGUAAAGACUAUUCACUUUCUGGAAAUGGAAAAAGAAAAAAAGCUCAAGGAGAUCAAAGUCAGCGUUAUCAAAGUCAAAGGAAGAAAAGGAGAUAUCUUAGAGUCAAAAAAAACAGAGUGUGAAGGUGGACAUUGUCAACAGGAUGCAACUGAAAACGCUCAUACUAUGUCUCAACACACAAAACCUCUAAUCAAUGAAGUACCCAACCCUGUCAAUGCCAGCACUAACUCUACUGGAAUGAAAGAUGACCCACACGCUGGAGGUAGUAUGAUGAUGCCACCUAUCAAUCUAACUACCAGUAAUUUGGUGGCUUCAAAUCCCAAUUCAGAUCUUUCCCACUCCAACUCAAGGUUGACUGAAAGAGCAAAAAAGAGACGUACUUCUUCACAGUCUACUGGACAGGUUGUGUCUAAUAGCAGGCAAGAGGAUGCAGGACCCACUCAAAGCCAAAUGAAGAAGAGUACAUUUAAUGAGCAAACAGGUCAAAGUGACCAAAUGGCAAAUGGAAGCAAAAGAAAGAUGAAUUUUUCCAGAUCUGACAGGAAGGAAUUUCAUUUCCCAGAACUGCCUUUCACAAUACAGUCCAAGGAGAUGAAAAGAAUGGAAGUUAAACAGACAAAAGUGCUGAAGAGGGAAUCAAAGAAAACAGAUUCAUCUAAAAUACCAACUUUAUAUAAUAUGGAUAAAAAUCAAGAAAAACAAGAGCCAAGGCUUGCAGCAGAACGGGCCUAUCGUCAUUGUGACACAGUGUAGAAGCUUCUUUCAAGAUUAAUCUGGAACAUUCUACAUGAAUGCAGUCGAAAGUACCUGAUGCAUAAAACUUGCACCAUUUAACAAAUAUAUGAGUAACUCCAGCACUAUUUUUGAGAUAUUUCUUGGUCAACUCU